GAAGACACGAAGUCUUGUCAUCAGUGAUAAGGGAUAAAAAGAGGGCACAAGGUUGAAGGUUCCUUUGAUAACCAGAAACUCGGCGAGAUCAAGUGGCUAUCCUUUUCUUUCCAAGAGUUCGUCAUGAUUCUGUUUGUUUUUGCCAUUCUUAUUCCUGCUGCUGUUCACGGCAAAGCCGUCCGAGCGCACGGAAAUCACGGACAUAACCAGGGCUUCGUGACGGACAACCCUCUUCACGUCAACAACGAGAUCCAGGACCUCAACGUUCACUUCGGAACCCACUUUUGUCUGGAUCUUUUAGUCGUUGACUGCAGGACUCACGUAACCAAUGGUGAUGAACAGGUGUGCGGUUCAGACGAUCGCACAUACGCUAAUCAUUGCGAGUUCGCCCAUGCACUGUGCAUGUUCUCUACGUUGAGUAUAAAGAGUCACGGUGCUUGCAAUAGCGCUACACGACCACCAACCACCAUGAUGCCAGUAGAUACCACCAUGAUGCCAGUAGAUACCACCAUGAUGCCAUCUGGCUCAACCAUGAUGCCACCAGAUACCACCAUGAUGCCAUCUGGCAGCACCAUGAUGCCAGUAGAUACCACCAUGAUGGGAACAGACACCACCAUGGCUCCAGUGGAUAUGACCACAAUGAUGAUGUCCACUACCACCACCCAGAGCCAGGAGACUGUCCUGUUCCAACAGGUGUUCUGUAAAAACAAGAACCUGAUCAACUGCCCAGCGACUGUCACACUCACCUGUGGAUCCAACGGCGUCAUGUACAACAGCGGAUGUGAAUUCUCCAAAGCUAAAUGCGACGAUAUCACGCUGAGUCAGGUCGAUGUUAGUCAAUGCUCUACUCCAGUUGUAGGAUGAACUCAAAUAAAUCAUGACACACUUUA